AAUAUAGUAAAAGAAAAUUUGUUAUGAUAUUUUAUAUCUAGUAAAAUGAAAUCCACAUUUUGUAUGAUCUAUGAUGGCUCUUCUUGUCAUCAAGUGUGGUGCAUGUGAUUCCCACUAGGGUUUCAUUCUCUGCGUUGCUUUCUUGAUUCAAUCCUGUCCCAGCCGCGGUAAACACUCUCCAAAUUACACUCAGAAAAGCGAUAACCUGUUGAAAUCCCCUUGUCCAACUGAAAUUCUUCAAGUCAGGCGCCGGACGUCAAAGUCUUACGUCACCUUAUCUUGCGAUCUUCAUUACUGAGCUACAGCUAUUAGAAUUUCUCUUUGCUUGGCUCGAUUCAUUUCUAAUCUAUAUGUAUAGUCGAUUCAUGGGUUGUUUCUGAUGUUAUUUCUCUAGUGGGUGUCUAACUGGCUGUGUAAUGCCCUCCAGGUGGAAGUGGAACAGAUUGAAUAGAGACUACAAACAUGGGUGUUUCCGGAAAGUGGAUUAGAUCACUCCUUGGUAUCAAGAAACCAGAGAAGUCACAACCUUCAGAAAAAGAUGAAAAUUUUCAGGCAACAAAUACUAGAAAGUUUCGGCACCGGAGAAAGAAUUCUGUAGAGAUCACAGACAACAUUUUUCAAAACAAGCUCAAUCAGAAUCCUGCUGACCUGGUUGAAGAUGGCCAUAGCAGUUCAGUCCCAGCUGUUAUUGAUUCCCCUUCCGUUUCACUUCAAAUGCAAGAUUCAUCUCAAAACAAACUGCGCCCCAGAGAAGAGCAGGCAGCUAUACGAAUCCAAACUGCUUUCCGAGGAAUUUUGGCUAGGCGGGCCCUACGAGCUCUCAAAGGAUUGGUCAGACUACAAGCUCUUGUUAGGGGACAUGCUGUGAGAAAGCAAGCUGCAAUAACUCUUCGUUGUAUGCAAGCAUUAGUGAGGGUUCAGGCUCGUGUUAGAGCUAGGCGUGUUCGCCUCGCAUUGGAAGGCCAAUCGGAACAACAACAACUUCAACAUGAGGCUCAGGUUCGAGAAAUAGAGGAAGGAUGGUGUGAUAGUGUUGGUUCUGUUGAAGAAAUUCAAGCGAAGUUGAUAAAGAGGCAGGAGGCUGCGGCCAAACGUGAGAGAGCCAUGGCAUAUGCUCUUUCUCACCAGUGGCAGGCAGGAUCUAGACAACAAACAUCUCCAUCUGGAUUUGGACCAGAUAAAACUAAUUGGGGUUGGAACUGGUUGGAGAGAUGGAUGGCUGUUCGUCCAUGGGAGAAUCGUUUCCUCGACAUUAAUACGAGAGAUGGACUGAAGAUUCAGGAGAAUGGUUCUGCUAAACAAGAGCAAGAGCAAGAGCCCAACAUCAGGAACCAGUUAAAAUCUGCUGGCAAGAAAUCCAUUGCUUCAAACCUUCAAUUAGAAUUUCCAAAUGAGAAAAUGGGGCAAUCUCAUUCUGAUGGCUCUGGUUCUGACCCUAUCAAGUCAACUAGCAUGCAAGAAGCACCUGCSACGGUGUGUAUUGAUCCAACGUCUAACGCAUUUCUUGCUGAUUCAGUYGGUGAGCUGAGAUUGAGACCUGGUGUGGGGUCAAGAUCCCACAGCAAUCCAAGAGAGAGAUCCUCAAUCUUGGGUAAUCAGGGAAAGAAGCGACAGUCGCUGCCUAGUAGUGGCAAAACAGGGCAAGGUGUUGGGAGUCAAAUGGCUAGACAACCUGGUAAAUGUGCUACAAAAACAAGCACUUGACUAGCAGCAGCCGAACGACACUUCAGACCAUGCAUAGUCCUCCCAAUCGGCUCAGGAACUCAACAAUCACUGCAAUUUCAGACGUUUGUGUAUACACGGGCAGCUCAUGCACUCAGGAGUUAUUGAUCAUGUUGUCGGAGAAGUGAAAGAAAAUGAUUGGAUUUAUUUGGGAAUGUUGUAAUUAUCAGUUGUCGUUAUUUUGUAACUAGCAAUAAUCAUUGUUGUUAUAUCGAUGAUGGAGUAUGUGGGAGAAAACUUCUGUACAAUGUGGAAAGACAUGAUGUGUAUUGUAAGAUGUCAUUCAAAUCAAAAUAUGCAAACUCCAUAUUUGUACAAA